AUGUUUUGUUUUUCUAUCGGCAUAACAACUAAUGAACUGCACUGUUCUAAAACGUCUUUGGUUUCGCUAGCAUUUAGAAUGGCGUCUAAUCAAAGAGAAUUUUUCCGAAAAUACUGCCACUCACCGAUGGUUCCAGAAGAGAUACAGAGUCAAAAUAAUCAAGAUAAUGGUUUGGCUUCUACAGCAAAAAGUGAUGUUAUACCGGUUUCUGAAAAUAAUUCGAAACUUCAAGAUAAAGCAAUGCAUGACAAAAAUCUAUCUGAGGGGCAUUUAAUGGAUCUGAAAAUUAGUAAAAACAGUAUUCUCGAUAACAUGCAAGUUAAAGUUUUAUCACCAAGCACUAACAAAGAAGAGUUACUCUGCUCUCCACAAGAAGGUCCCAGUACAGCAGAACCUGCAAGUCCAUUACAUAUACAUAUUAUUAUAACUGACGAAAAUCUAUCUGAGGAAAAUUUAAUGGAUCUGGAAACUUGUCAAAACACCCUUCUCAAAAACGUACAAGAUAAAGUUUUAUUACCUAGCCCUAACGAAGAAGAUUUGCCCUGUUCUUCACAAGUAGGCCCCUCUUUAUAUGGACCUGCAAGUAAACCUGCAAGUCCAUUACUUGCACAUAUAAUUGCUGACAGUGUCUUACAAGACGGGCCUUCUACAAGAGCAGUCAGAUCAAGACGAACAGAAAUGUACAAUUUUUGGGACGGAACAGCCGAGUCAGAUUCCGAGAGUGAAGAUAGUUCUAAGAAAAAACGAGUGGAGAUUGGAACUGUUACUAAAGAUUUUAGGAAAAAGAAAAAACCAGUAAACAAAGCUAAAGAGCGGAAGGCACGAAGAGAUCGAGGGGAAGAAUAUGUUUCAAAAAAAGGUACCAAGGUCAGACCAAGAGCAGUUAAAGAAAAUCCUUGUGUCCAGAAAAAAUGUAUAAAUGGAUGCGAUACGAUUACCGACGAAAGACUAUAA